AUGCCUGUCGAAGAAACUCUAGAUAAGCUCGAUCCCCCGGCAGCUUCAGCUGAGCAGACUCCAUGCUUUCUCUGGGACGCUCUUGAAGCCGAUUUCAAGCAAGCCACCAAACUCAAGGAAAUCGACUUCUCCCGUUGGGUCUUGUCCGGUGUCGACCGCAAUAUUCUGAAAAACGCCGCCGAUAGCAAACUUGCCGACAAGAUUCAAUCCCUGAGCCCCGGGUUUCCAAGCCGAUACGCCAACGUACUCACAGCGCUUGACGUCUCUCUCGGAAUCUUAGUGCAGCUUUUUGGUUUCAAAGUUGUCAAUUCCCGCGCAUGCAACAGCUCGUUCAUCAACUUAUGCAAAGCGCGCCCCGACUUGCGCAUCGAAGAGCUGUACGACGCCUGGACUACGCAGCCCACAGUCGUCAACAGUCGCCUGAUUUCGGAGAUAACACGCUUCCAGCGAGCAGCAAACUCCGUUGAUGCCAAUAUCGCCUCCCACGUACAAAGGCCGAGAAGAAAGACAGAGGCCAAGGAAAUAACUCCCGCCGUCGCUGCAUCUAUUGAAACUGCGGAUCGAAAGACCUUCAGCCGUGCCGCCAGCCGUGCCGCCAGCCCACACACUCCCACGCGGGACGGACCUCCUCCUUCGCCCGACCUGCAACGAUCCUUUUCAGACUCUCCCGAAGCGUCGCGUCCAUUUUGUCGCGUCCGACAAAGAGAAACAUCUUCGCCUGAAGUCGCGCCCUCGCCGCCUUGCAAAAGACCGAAGCCACUGCAGAGCGAUCCGCUCAGCCCUAUUGAUACGCUCAGACUAAGCGCCCAACGGAGCGCACUGGACUUCACCUUCUCGCCAUUCGAGCCCGAAUCAACAAACGAUCGAGAUACGCCGCCGGAAGUUUCGUCACUGCGUUCUUUUAUGGCCCAGUCCCAAGGUCAAGAGCACGAUUCCGACACUUCAGACGACGAAUUCGUAGACAGCGCGGUUUACUUCGAUAUGGACGACGAGACAGAGCAGCCCGUUGUCGAGACGGGGCAGACGACCCACGGUGCUGCUAGCUGCCGUGAAAGCGCGAGCAGCGAGAAGGGGUCCAACUUGGUCAAAAUGGUUCUGGACGACAUUGAGCACACCGACCGCAUCAAAAAGAUACGCCUCAGAAUUGCCCAGGAUGAAACGUACGCCGCCGAAGCAUCGCAGAAGAAGAAUGAUUCGGAAGAAUGCAUUGCGGAGCUGCGACGCAAGACUCUGGCUCGCCUUCAGGCCAUUGAGGACCAGAACGAGGGAUCUCUUGACGAAGAAGAGGACUGGUACUCCAUUUCCAAAGCAAAGGCCGAUGCGGUGGGGCACCAGGAGCGAAUCGAAAAGGAGAUGGCCUCCUCCGUCCGGAGGAAGCGUGUUGCCGACCGGGCCCUGGUAGCAGAGAUGAAGAAGCGACCGCGAGUAGCAGAGGCCGCACAAAAGCUUUGUGACGCUCUUCGAGAGUUGGAGAAUGCGGUAGAGGAGCCGUUGCCCCCUUGCUAA